AUGGCUUCAAAAAAUGACUCCUUAGUGACUGAAUUCAUUCUUGCAGGCUUAACAGAUCAACCAGAGCUCCAAAUCCCCCUAUUCCUCCUGUUUCUAGGGGUUUAUGUGAUCACUGAAGUGGGAAACCUGGGACUGAUCAUUUUAAUCAUGACAAAUUCUCACCUUCACACUCCUAUGUACUAUUUUCUCUUCAACUUAUCAUUCAUAGAUUUCUGCUACUCCUCUGUCUUUACUCCCAAAAUGUCGAUGAAUUUUAUUUUAGAGAAAAAUAUCAUUUCUUAUUCAGGGUGUAUGGCUCAGCUCUAUUUCUUCUGUUUUUUUGUUAUUUCUGAAUGCUGCAUGUUGACAAUAAUGGCUUAUGAUCGUUAUGUUGCCAUCUGUAAUCCAUUGUUGUAUCAUGUCACUAUGUCCCGUCAGGUCUGUUCAUGGCUAUUGGGUGGGGCUUAUGUAAUGGGUUUUGCUGGUGCAAUGGCCCACACUGGAUGCAUGCUGAGAUUGUCCUUCUGUGAUGCCAACAUCAUCAACCAUUACAUGUGUGAUAUACUGCCCCUCCUCCAGCUCUCCUGCACCAGUACCUAUGUCAAUGAGCUGGUGGUUUUCAUUGUUGUGGGCAUUAACAUCAUAGUACCUAGUGUCACUAUCUUCACUUCUUAUGCUCUCAUCCUGUCAAAUAUCCUGAGCAUGAGCUCCACUGAAGGCAGAUCCAAAGCCUUCAGUACAUGCAGCUCCCACCUAAUUGCUGUGGCUCUUUUCUUUGGGUCAGGUUCCUUUAUGUAUCUCAAGCCAUCUUCUUCAGGUUCAUGAUUAUUGCAGUGGAUCCUGAUUUGAAGAAUACAAGUCUUCAAUCCAGUGACAGAAGAUGGAAGAGUGAUGUGCUGACCAGAGAGAAAGAAUUUCUACAUGCAACAUGAAUGGACAUGGAAUGACUUUGGAACUGUGAAAUCUUGGAAUUUUUGACCAUGAGGAUAUGUAAGGUGCAUGUGAACAUCAUAUAUAUUUACAUGCACAUCCUGCCUAGCAAAGUAAGAUAUCUCAUGGAUUGGGUAAGUAUACAAUGUGCAUAGUUACGUGACAACAAGACACACUGAUGAGAAAUUCCUGUGGAAAAUUCAUACAAAGUUUUUCUUUUCUGCAUGAGUUUGCAUAAAAAUCUAUAAGGACAUAUGUAAAUUUGUAUAGAUCUUAUAAUCACGUGUAAUUACUAAAUUAACUAAUGAGCUAACUUUUUUAGAGUAAGUUAUUAAUAUUCUAACUACUAACUUUUGUGACAGUCUAGUGCUUUUGUUCAGGUCUUGGGAAGUAGAGACAUAGAAGUUCUGCAGUAUAGAAGUUAGAUUGUAUUAGGAUUGUAGGUUAGCAUUUGUUAGUGUUAAGACAUUUUUCUUAGUGACUAUAUGGACAUUAGGAAUUAGGAUGCUUGCAAGUUCAAUACAUUAGUGAAAUUGUUGAGAUGAUUUGGAAAUUGUUACUUGUUUUGUUAUGGAAAACUAUGUUCAUGUAAUUCCCCUGCCUAAACCAUUUUCCUAUCACCCAUUCUUAGCUUAGUAUUUAGAUAAAAAGAACAGCUAAGAUGAGUUUAAGAUUUUGUUAUUGGGGGGGGGGAGUAAGAGUAUAUUUCAGAUAGCAAAGGGUUAAUAA